AGAUGAACUGGUAGACUGACCGUUUAAAAUGCAACACAAGAUAGGAACCCUCACACGGCGCGCUGUAGAUAAUGGUGAACUCCAGUGACCUGACAGAAGAUCGAGGAGAGUCGCCUAAUUUCCUAGAUUCUUUAGCUAGUUUUAAAGACAGGUUUAUAUCAGAAGCGGAGGAGCUCUUUAGCAUAUCAGACUCUCGGCCUAACAGUAGAAGCAGCAGGCUCAGCAGACAGAGCAGACAAACUACACUUAGUACAUCCUCCUUCGAUUUCAGUUUCCCAUGGUCGACGAAGCCGGAAGAACCGGAGGAGAAUUUCGCAGAUGUUCUAGAUGAAGAAGAGGACUACUUGGAGAAUGGAGAUGAACCAACCUGCUACGCUCCACGCAACGAUAGGUAUUCAGUAGCAUCUAAGCGACAGAGUACGGCCACGGCGCGGCAGAGUACGACAGUAAACAAUGCAAAAGGGCGUGGUCGACUAAAACGGGACAGUAGUAUUUGUAUUAAGAACGGGAAAGUUGAAAACGGAACUCUUCUCCAGUACAGUGCAUUAACGUUAACUAUACAGAAGAUAAAGCCCGGUGAUAUUCCUUCAUUUCCAGAGAUUAUCGACGAUUUGCACUGUCUAGAGGGGGCAGACCCUGAACAGGUUCAACUAAUAGUUGAUAAGUUGGAAGCGCUCAAGCUAACCAUCGCCUCCCUGGAUAAGCGACUUCAGAGCAUAGACCGUGGUCUGGACAGACUGAAACCCACACCUUUAUCCGAAUAGUGUAUCACGUUACCAUGGUUACACAACGUUACCAUGGUUACACAUACCAUGGUAACACAACUCACAUGUACCAGCCCGAAUGGUUGACCGACAAGACAACUGAACCUAGUUCCCACUAACCAAUCAGCUUAAUUGGUUAGGGUUAGGGUUAGGGUUAGGGUUAGGGUUAGGGUUAGGGUUAGGGUUA